AAAAUACGAUAGACGUAAGGGACUUCAGAAAUUAUUGUGCCAAAGAUAAACCAGCCAGCGUAAACAAAGAAAAUGGCCUCUCGAGCCGUGGGUGCCACGGUCCGAGCUGUAACAAGAACGAGAAUGUUGCCAACCAGAGCACCGAUUGUCAUGACUUCAGCAGCUGUACAGAAAGUUAAAGGUUUACUUGAAAAUCGACCUGAUAUGAUUGGAUUAAAAAUUGGUGUUAAAACAAGAGGAUGCAAUGGUUUAUCAUAUACACUAGAAUAUGCAAAAGAAAAAGGAAAAUUUGAUGAAGAAGUUCAGCAAGAUGGUGUGAAGAUUUUGAUAGACGCCAAAGCUCAACUAUCACUGUUAGGAACAGAAAUGGACUAUGUAGAAAACAAAUUAGCUUCAGAAUUUAUAUUUAAUAAUCCAAAUAUAAAAGGAACAUGUGGGUGUGGGGAAAGUUUUAAUGUAUGAUUGAUAGCUUAGAUCUUAUUUAUACAUUAUUUAGGUCACUGUGAUCACUUUGCAAAAUUAAUUAAUAUCAUUUUUGUUAAAAAUUACAGUUUUAUUUGUUAUUAAUGGAUAAAUAUAUACAUGAUUUAUUAAAACGUUUGAUGUAUACAAUUUUUUCUGUCAAACUGAUUCUGAGAACAUUCACUUCUAUUUAAUAAACAUGAACGGGUUACAUUUUCCCUUAAGAUUAGAAUGCUUGUGAAGUCAUAGGUAUUUCUAUAAUUUAUGAAGUAUUGUUUUGUGUGCAUUUCAAAAAUGCUUAAUUUUAUUACUUUGUGUAAAUAAAAUGUUUUUAUUCUU